AUGCCACUUGCUGCACAGUUGAAAUUAACCGUUGCAUACAGGACUUAUUCAACUUGGACAGGUCUCAUGGAGAGUAAUGGGAACUUGGCAAAGGAUGUUGAGAAACAAACCACUCGAGUUUUGUUUUGUGGACCCCAUUUCCCUGCUUCUCAUGAAUAUACAGCCGAGUAUUUGCAAAAUCAUUCCCAUAUCAAGGUUGAUGUUCUCUCUUUUGAAGAUGUGUCCAAGGAUAUUUCCAACUAUCAUGUCUGCAUAGUAAAAAGCAUGAGGCUAGAUUCAGACAUAAUUUCUCGUGCAGUUCAGAUGCAGCUUAUAAUGCAGUAUGGUGUUGGGCUGGAAGGUGUUGAUAUUGAUGCUGCAACAAAGCAUGGAAUCAAAGUUGCUCGGAUCCCAAGUGAUGUUACAGGAAAUUCAGCUUCAUGUGCUGAAAUGGCCAUAUAUCUAAUGCUAGGUCUCCUCCGAAAGCAAAAUGAACUGCAAGUUUCCAUACAACAGAGGAAGCUUGGGGAGCCAAUUACUGAUACUUUAUUUGGCAAAACUAUAUUCAUUUUGGGCUUUGGGAACAUUGGAAUGGAUUUAGCAAAGCGGUUGCAACCAUUUGGUGUAAAGGUUAUUGCCACAAAGCGGAGCUGGGCCUCAUAUGCGCAGCACGCUAGCAAAUUAAGCAGAAAUGAUGCACAUGAUCUUGUUGAUGUGAAGGGUUGUCAUGACGAUAUAUAUGACUUCGCAAGGAAGGCUGACAUUGUUGUUUGCUGCAUAAGAUUAAACAGUGAAACGGCUGGUGUUAUAAACAAUAAGUUCAUAUCUUCUAUGAAGAAGGGUGCUCUUCUGGUAAAUGUUGCUAGAGGUGGUCUUAUGGACUAUGAUGCUGUAAUCAACAACCUUGAAUCAGGUCAUUUAGGAGGGUUCGGCACUGAUGUUACUUGGACUGAACCGUUUAACCCUGAUGACCAGAUAUUUAAAUUUAAGAAUGUUAUCGUGACUCCUCAUGUUGCAGGCGUUACAGAACAUGCUUAUAGAACCAUGGCUAAGGUUGUUGGUGAUGUUGUUCUUCAGCUUCAUACCGGGCUGCCUUUGACAGGGAUAGAGGUAGUUAACUGA